GUUUUGGUACAUAAAUUAGUUCAGUAGCAGAGAGGGUGUAUCUACGUAUAUUCACCUACCAUUGUCUCGCUGCUCAAUUUCUCCCUCCAGUAUCUCUACGUUAGAAAAUCAUCUAAAGGAUUAUUUGGUCUGAUCAGCGAAGCAAAGAAUUUCACUUCAAAGAGAGAGGGUGAAAGCGGAAGAAUUAUUGAGAUUAUAAGAGGGAAGUUUUCACACAUAAAAAUCCGGCAUGGCGGCAAGAGGUGGCCAGCAGCGACCAAAUGGAGCCACACAAGGCAAGAUAUGUCAGUUCAAACUGGUGUUGCUGGGGGAGUCCGCUGUAGGCAAAUCCAGUCUUGUUUUGCGCUUUGUCAAGGGUCAGUUUCACGAGUAUCAAGAGAGCACAAUCGGAGCUGCAUUCCUCACACAAACAGUCUGCCUGGAUGACACAACAGUAAAGUUUGAGAUAUGGGACACUGCUGGACAGGAACGGUACCACAGUUUGGCUCCCAUGUACUACAGAGGGGCCCAGGCUGCUAUCGUGGUUUAUGACAUUACCAACCCAGACACAUUUGGCAGGGCCAAAACAUGGGUGAAAGAGCUCCAGAGACAAGCCAGCCCUAACAUUGUGAUAGCUUUGGCGGGAAACAAGGCAGAUUUGGCCAACAAGAGAAUGGUGGAGUUCGCAGAGGCUCAGGCGUAUGCAGAGGAGAACAGUUUGUUGUUCAUGGAAACUUCAGCAAAGACAGCAAUGAAUGUCAACGAUAUUUUCCUUGCAAUAGCUAAAAAGCUGCCCAAGAGUGAGGGCCAAGGCACGCCGCAGCAAAGGCAACAGGGUGUGAGGCUCAACAAUGAACAGGGCGGACAACAAUCAGAAGGAGGCUGCUGCAAGUAACAGAUGCCCUGUUCCCCACCCCCCAACCCCCAACUCCCCCGGACCCAUUUGCCCCAUGCUUUUGUUUAUUCCCUUUGCUCUUGAUUCUGUGUAAUACAAGAAAAGACAUGUACUGUGGUGAGACGCUCAUCUCAUAUGUGCAAAUCUCUCUGUAUUGGUACCAACAUGAGAAUGCAAAGCGAGUAUUGUGAUCAGGUUGUAAGAGCAUGCAGUGGAGACUAGUUUGUUUGUGUACUGAUCUGACAUGUGGACAGAUUCUCUUGACUGUAGCACUGCUUUUUUUUUUUUUAAGAAUUAUUUAUGCAGGAAAAAACUGGAGCAGUUGCCUUACUCCAAGUAAGGUUGGGUUUUAAAAAAAAAUAAUAUUGGCUUUCCCUCAAGCUGCUCUGUUGUGCUUUCAAGACUGAAGUUUACUUCUUUUUUCUUGUCUUUUCAUCUAGUAUAAGAAAGUCACUGAGUUAAAAAAAUAUCCCUUUUUAAAAAUCUAGACGUAAGUUUGACAGUUUAAUUUGAAUUAAAAUAGAUUGAUCUUGCAGAUGCAAGUGAUUGUGUGUUCGCUCUACUGAGCUCUCAAAACAUUUCUCGAAAAUGUAGGGGUGCGCACUUAUGUUGCUAUUUGAAUUUCCCCCUUCUGAUAUGCUGUCAUUCCACUUUUUGUGUGCACUUUCUCGACCUUGGCAACAGAGCAGAACUAAUAGUGUCGCACAGAGUUGUGGGAUAGGGUCAAGGAUGAGCUUUGUGUGGCUUCUGUUGUGAUUUUUUUUUCCAGUACAAGAUUACACCAAGGAAGGGUGAAAGUGGUGUUGAACAAUUUUGGCACAGAAUUUGACUUGUCUUUUGUACUGGGGGUGUGUGAGUGUGCGUGUUGAUGUAUGCGAGUUUGUGCUUUGUUACAUAAUUAUUGUGCAUUUUAAAAUUAUAUCUUUUUGUUUUCUUGGGCGCGAAAUGUAUGUCUGAAGUGUUCAGUGAAUGAGAUGGGUUCCUGUGGUGUAACAGCUAACUUGUCUCUAAUAGGUUUAAAAAGUGUGGGUGUCAUAUAUAUAGCAUGCACUGGACAGGGUCUCUUCUGAAAGAUACAGGAACUCUGUACUUUUUAUUUGGUAAGAGAAAGUAUUUUAGAAUCCAUUGCCAUGUUGUUUUUGAAAACUGGGGCAAUUAAUUAUCUUUUUUAAAAAUUUUGGUUUGAUUUCAUUGUGUUAUCUUCUUUCAUUAUUGUUGUAUGAACAUUUCAAGAUUUAUAUGUUGCAGAUCUUCAUGAAAAGCUCACGUUUCUUUAUGUUUAGGGCCUCCACUCUUUGUCAUUAUUUAUAAGGGAGAUGAGCCACUUUGCUAUGUUAAAGACCCAUACAUAAAAGAUAUAGUCACAUUGUAAAAAGAACACUUUUUGUCAGCAUUUUUGGGGGGGUUUUCUUUGUUUAUCUUGAAGCAAAAUCCAAAACUUGUGAACAGGCAAUAUAGCGGGCAGGGAGUAAUGUUUUGUGUUCAUACUUUUUCAUGUACCACCUUUUUCUUUUUCUGGAAUGAAAAUGGUAAAUCUAUGGCAGUGGGGUUACCUCAGAGAGUUCAUGCGUAAAUGAGCAUGUCAUUUGCGUGUUCUGAUAUAAUCAUAAUUAUGAGCCUGUUUAUGACUCCUUGUUUUAACUCGUAUUUAUAAAUGCUUGGCAUCAUUCACAUUGGAGAGCCCAGUUUGAGAAGCUGAUGGCCACAGGAUAAGUAAGCCCUUCGUGGGCUUGAAGUUUUCCACAUUUUAGUGAUAUGUCCGUCAGAUUUGGGUUGAUCCACCAUUUUCGUGAUGGCUCUGUGUGUGGUAGCUUUCAUUUUGCCAAAAUUUAUUUGCAAGUAAAAGAUCUAAGUAUUAAGACUAAGGGUUUGUUGCUCGUGCUCAUUCCAUUGGCCCAACCUUUUUGAGACAUUUUUGCGAUAGCCAACUUGGAUGUAGCCAAAGUAGCAAGGCUGACUGCAAUAAAUUUAUUGCAAGAGAAAGACAAGCAGGAAUUCUUAAACAGCGCCCUCUUUAUUUCUUGAAAGGGAACAGAAUUAUGAUUACAUUCGAGGUGUUGAUUGAAGUGGUACUUUUAUACUAUGUUAACAGGUAUUUGCCAUGUUUUCUUUUGUUGUAGUUAUAUUUAUUUUUUUUGUAAGUGCGCCACGCAAUCUUGUGUAUAGAUCCCCUUGUUCAUGCAGCUUGUAGGGUGUCAUCUGUGCCAGAAUAUGGGAGACGUGGUGCCUAUGGGCUGAGGGAAAAAUGUAUCCCUGUUACUAAUUCCCCCCCACCCCCACCUCUGUAUGAAGUCUAGGUAGAGCCAAUGAGCAGACACAUAUUUCUCUGUGGACAAGCCUGUUGUAUCAUGUAUUCCCUUUGUGUCUCACUUGUAUUUAUGCAGCUGUUCAUCGUUAUUGUUUAUUUGAAAAUUUUGAUAGUCUGAUUAUUAAAUCUGAGUUAGUUUGCUUAUUCAGUUGCUCACAAGGCAAUGUUCAAGUUGAAGACUAUUUCAUAUUUUCUUGAACUGGCAACCUUGUUCUAAAAUUUAGGCAGUAGUACUAAUUUGCUUUGCAGUCUCAGUUGUUUCUUUUCCAUUAUUUCGCUGCAAUAUCAAAAAAAUGUAAAUAAGCUUUUGCCUUGUUCGACCCCAAGUUUUGGACUUUUUUUUUUUCAAAUGAGUCUGCUUGCUGAAAUUGAGCUACCUCUUCGUUAUAUAGAUGAGAAGUGAGAAAGUUUCCUUUUCAAUUUCUGUGGUUUAAGGACCCAAACACGCUAUUGUGAUGCUGUUGAGCAGCCCAAGUGGUUUUUGUCCUAUGAAAAGAGCAUAUACAUAAUUUCAUUUUGAUACGAUUUUUUUUUCUAACUUCUUGGUAUUGGCUGUCUUUUGAAAUGUAAUAGUCUUCAGCUAAAGCGUACAGGUGGAUGGAGGCCGCCACUGGUAGAUCCUGUUUCUUGUCUUUCCUUGCGUUGUUUUUGUCUAUCUUGUUUUUUUACAUGCACUAAAUGACGGAUAUGGUGUACAUGUGCUAGCCUUUUCUCACGGUACAGCUCAGUUCAAGGGUAUAGCAAACUGAAGGUACAAGUCUGUUGCUUGAAUCAUGAAUGAUGGAGACACUGUUAUUUUCCUCUUCUCUGCUGUCUUUCUCACUUGACAUAGAUGUGUAUGGUCAAGUGCUUUGAGGAAUUGCAUGCCACAAGGAGAGUGCUUCUCCUUUCAGGCAGAAUUGAAUGUGCACAGAAGUGUGAUGGCUCUAAGGACAGAGGGGAGCCCACCACUGCCGCCCUGGUUGUGACGGUGGCCUGCUGGCGUGUCCUCGGUCCGCACAGAGCGUGUGUGUGUGCUUGCACAACGGAAGGCUGAUGUGAGACUGGGUAGAUGAGAAUAACUUAUGCCAGAAGAGCUCAAAUGGGAGGUGUGUUUUGCUUUUGUGUAUCAUGUGGACUUGCGUGCGUGCGAUGUGUGCGUGCUUGUCAGUUUUUCUGAGAAAAGCGAUUGUGGCAUGCACUUCUCAUUGUGAUGUCCCCACUUCCCCUCCCCGCUAAUUAAUUAAGGUCCAAUUCAACUGAAAAAAUUUACUGAUUGUGCUCUUGUACAUUUGUUUGGAUGACAGGAAUUAUUGUCUAUGUAAAUUGUAUAGUGGACUUAGUACGUCUUUGUUUGUUAAUCACCAUUGUCUUGGUUUUUUGUUAUUUUUUUGUUAGGUUUCGUUUUUUGGUUGUUUACAGUUCCCCUCCCCACCGUCCCAGCUCGACUGUGUCAUUAAAAAAAAGUCUUUGGUGAUUAAUCCAGCGCUCCUUUGUCAUGAAAUGCAACAUAUUUAUGUGGUACAUAUAUAUAUAUAUAUAUAUAUAUCUCUAUAUAUAUCUCUACCCAUUUCAUCAUCAUGUCUACAGAGAUUCAGGAAGACUUGAUGUUUUGCGAAGCAAGUGACAGUCGUGAAACAUGAAAGAUGUUGCAAAUGGUUUGGUAAAAGCUGAAAUUAUUUUUUUUGUACUUGUUUAUUUUUAUUCAGGAUGUUGUUUGGCUUGGCCAGAUUUAUUUUGACUUUCUGGAGUGAUUGAGUGCGUGCUGGAGUUUGUUUUAUCUGAAACUUACAUGAUGAUGCAUUUGGUACUGCGACAUUUGUUUGGUCCAUACUUUUUGUUAAAACACAAAAUUUUGUAUAACUGAAACUGGAGGCGGUCUAUGAGUUUGAUGCGCUUUUUAUUGUUAGCUGUCACUGUUUCACAUUCAUUAAAUUACUAUUGGAAAAAAGUGAAGUAGCCCUGUACUAUGUAGCCUUUUAUUUUUAUUUUGGUGUACUUUUUGUGUAGCUCAAGUAUAUAUGUGGGUCUUUGUGAGCACUACAAUACAAAAGCAAAGUGCACUCUUCAAGCGGAGAGAGAGAGAGAGACAUUGUUCCUGCUAUUGAUCAAGAAUAUGGGGCGUGGGUUGUCACUCUCCUCCCAAUUCUGUGAGGUGAGGGGGCUGGAGUGUGGCUUCAACUGUUCCAUACUGCUGUCUUUGAGAACUGGUUUUAACUUCUAAGCUGUUAUGGCUGGUAGGAUGAGCUCAGUGACUUGUCCUGAGUCCCGACGUUUGCAAGGAGAGCCUGAACGUCUACGCCUCUCGAAAUGAUAUAGUGAGCAACACCUCUCUCGUUGUUUUGGUGAAAGUCUUCUCUUGAUUGGACUCGGUGAGAGAGACGCCUCACUGACCAACCUAACUAAGACACAUCUCGAAAUGGUUUAAAGAGAAUUGUCUCUCAGAAUGAUUCCGUGAGGUGUCUUGCUGAUUUUGAGAGAAACAUUUCUUAACUUAAGAUUCUGUGAGUGAGCAGUGUCUCUGUACUGUAACUGUAAGUGUUGUAGUGAGGAGCAGCUCUCUGAUGUGCUUUGUUGUAGCAUGGAUACUGGCACGGCAGGAGCUGUAAGGGUGAGUUCCUGUGUGUGCUUUUAGGUCAGCUUCCACCUUUGUUCCCAGGUGUUGUUGUCGCAGGCUAGGGAAGACCUUUUGGGGUUUUGUUUCGUGUAGAGUAGAACUCUAAAAGUGGAGGGAUAUUUCCCUCCUUGUUUGCGUUUAUUUGUAAUGAUUUGUGCCCUUUCUAUGUCUGGAGGUGUGAUCCUGAAAAACAAACAAAAAAACAAAAACAAAAAAAAGUCAAGAGGGGUCGAUGAGUCUAUGUCUGCAGGUAUUAGUGACAAACAAGCAGUUGAAAACCCUGGUGUGAUCAUUGUGGUGAACAAAGAGAUUCUGUGUUACUGCUCGUAACAGGGACAAGACAUGUGAAAUGCACCCUCCUGACACCACGGUGAGACCAACUGGCAGUCUUUUCGUCAUACAUUUCUUUCACACAAAGUUACGAUUUCAUUCACUUGUGGUGUCUCACUUUUGUCAUAAGUCAGAAUUCCUUAUCAUGUACUGAUUACUGAUUAAAAAGACAUGUGAUAAAACUA